UCCCCCAGCAACCGCACACUCGCACACACACAAACAGAGAGAGAAGGGGGGAGGGUGAGAGAGAGGGGAAGAGAGAGAGAGAGAGAGAGAGAGAGGGGAGAGAGAGAGAGGAGAGACUCCCCGGCUCCCUCCCUCCCUCGCACACAGCGACUGGAGACGGACGGAGAGCAACGCGCUGGGAGAGGAGAGACCACCGACAACAGACCCGCGCUCUCACACAUACACUCACACUCGACUCUUUCCUCUCCCCCCACCUCCUCCUCCUUCCACCCCCACCACUAACACCAUCUCCUCCUCCUUCUCUCUGCAACAAGAAAAAAAAGCCAUUUACAGGGGGUGAUGUGCAACUAAUUAAAGGCAGACUGGCAGCGUCUGCAAAUUCUAAGGCUCCCCAAAUAAAAAGAGACUGUUGUAACAGUUGGAGGAUAAUGCAAAGGAAGACGCUGCCUGGGAAUUCACCGUCUGUGGAAAUGAGCCCCAGAGAGGAAUAAAGCAGCCCUCACCUUGCUCUCCCCACCCGAACCCACUUUCCCCACCCGCCUCGGCCCCCACCCCAACACCACCAUCACUCCCUUCCCUCCCCCCCACCUUUCCCCCUUUUCCACCCAGGUGUCGGACCAGGCGGUCCCCACUUCCACCCUGCACCCCUUCUUCCCCCCCUGCACCAUGAACACCAAUGUCUGCGUGGAGCCCGGGCCGAGCCCGGAGGCCCCGGGCUUGCCCAAGGAAAGCCACUUGCCCGAGGGGGCUCUGAACAGCCUUGUGGAUUACAACUCGGAAAUGGAGCGCUACCGCUCCUUUGCCACCUCCUUCUACAAGACCAACGGGGGCGCCUUCCCACAGGCGGCCAAGAUCGCGCGCAUCACCACCCCCAUCUUCCCCAGCAGCGCCGCCGCCGCCGCGGCCGCCGCGCGCAUCGGCAUGUCCCCCUGGAACUGCGACAACGCGGCCACCGCCGCCGCCGCCACCGCCAUGCUCUGGGGCAGCGGCGGGGGCGGGGGCGGCGGCGGGGGUGGUGGCGGCGGCGGCGGCGGCGGCGGCGGGGGCGGGGGCGGGGGUGGUGGGGGCGGCAGGAAAUCCUCCUCCGCCGCCGCCUCCUCCUCCGCCUCCUCCUCCUCGGCGAUCCUCCCCGCCGGCGGUGGCGGCGGCGGCGGCGGCGGCGGCAGCAGGACCAGCAUGCACCACCGAAACGACUCCCAGAGGCUGGGGAAAGCUGGCUGCCCGCCAGAGCCGUCGUUGCAAAUGGCAAAUACUAAUUUCCUCUCCACCUUAUCCCCUGAACACUGCAGACCUUUGGCGGGGGAAUGCAUGAACAAGCUCAAAUGCGGCGCUGCUGAAGCAGAGAUAAUGAAUCUCCCCGAGCGCGUGGGGACUUUUUCCGCUAUCCCGGCUUUAGGGGGCAUCUCAUUACCUCCAGGGGUCAUCGUCAUGACAGCCCUUCACUCCCCCGCAGCAGCCUCAGCAGCCGUCACAGACAGUGCGUUUCAAAUUGCCAAUCUGGCAGACUGCCCGCAGAAUCAUUCCUCCUCCUCCUCGUCCUCCUCAGGGGGAGCUGGCGGAGCCAACCCAGCCAAGAAGAAGAGGAAAAGGUGUGGGGUCUGCGUGCCCUGCAAGAGGCUCAUCAACUGUGGCGUCUGCAGCAGUUGCAGGAACCGCAAAACGGGACACCAGAUCUGCAAAUUUAGAAAAUGUGAAGAGCUAAAGAAAAAACCUGGCACUUCACUAGAGAGAACACCUGUUCCCAGCGCUGAAGCAUUCCGAUGGUUCUUUUAAAGCAGUAGUAUAUCUUAUUUUCAAGGCACUUGGAAAUGAAGGGCAAACUAAUGUCUUGUUUUAAGAAACUGCUUAGUCCACCACUGAAGAAAAUAUCCAGAAAUUAUUUUCAUUUUACGUAUAGGGGUUUCUUCGAAAAAAAAAAAAAAAAGAGGAAAAGAAAAGAAAAAAGACAUAAAAAUAAUGUGGGAGCUUGGAGAAUUGGCCAGUCUAUUUACUUUCAAUACGCUGAUUCUUUCUUUGAUGUAAUUUAGCUAUAGUAGUGAAGUUGUUGUCUAUUUUGAAAGUGGCUGUAAAAAAUAAGUUUGGGUAAACCCCUGCUGUAAAAUCAUGUAUCUUUGCAAAGUACAUAUCUAUACUUCAUUUUCAAAUAUAUGUGUUUCAGUACUGUAAACUGUACAGAUAGCAGCUUGUAUUUUGUGUGUUUAGACACAAGGAGACAAUCAUGUCUGAGCAUCUAUGGAGAUUAACAGUUUGUACACAACAGUAUGGUUCUGCAAGUUAAAUCUGGAGCAAUAAAUUUUAGCUUUAACUAUUUUUUGCCAGUGGUUUAGAAGCAGCAACAGCACUGGCACCAUUUUGCCAUGCAUCUUUCCAUAGAGACUUGAUGCCAAGUUUUACAAGACUAAAAGAUUAUGAUGCAUCCACCAAUUACCUUCAGUUUUAUUGUUAUAAGAGGGGAAGAUGUUAUGAAAGUUUCAAUUAAUCUUUUGAGCACUAUAUUAGAGUAGUGGUUAUGCACUUGCAUUGCUUACAAACGAGCUGUACAGAAGGGUAUACCUCCCAAAUACUUAGUGUAGUUGACUUGUCUUGGGUUGCACUGUAAGGCGGAGUACUCAGAGUAGUUGGAAAAUGCAGAAUCAGUUGUAUAAUUUUUUUUUAUAAAAACAGUGUUUUUUAGGCUAAAGAAUAAAGUAUCAUAUCUUAGGAGGGGAAAAUUUAUAACUCACUUUUUUUCCCCAGCCCAACAUGGGCUGUAUACGUUUUAUUGUUUCUUAAUUUUUUUCUUAUUUUUUCUGUAGGAAAAAAUCUUAAUAAAAACGACCCCAAUGUUUUAACUUCAUGUAUGAUAUUAAAUGGGUAGUUUUAACACUUGAAUAUGUUGAGGGCUUCUGCCUUGAGGCAGGGCUUGAUAUAUUUUUAAUUUACAAAGAAUUAAACAUAUUCAUAAAAGUGAGGCAUUUUCUCUCUUUUUAUUUUCUUUUCUCAUAGCCACCCAGUUGGACUAGUGGUCUUCCCCUGGUCCUUCAGUAAAAUGCUCCAUUGCUGCCAUUUCCAUUGUUGUUACUUGAUGCUUUCAUUCCUGAGAAGGCAGGGCUACAGUCUCUGGAAUUUCAUAAAUGCAUGACAUACCCCUCCCCCCACAACCUACACACAAAGGAUCUAAUGCUUCAUAGAACCUGUGCUACCUUUUCAUGUUGGAGUUGGUUUUCUUAUCACAGUCAGGGUUCUUAAGGCCGUCCCAUCAGGACAAAUAUUUACAUUUCAUUUUAUUUUUGUUUGUCCCAAUUAUAAAGACUAUUUUCAGUUUCAGGAGUAGAACAGGGUUUAGCAAAAA